GGCCUCACGACAAUCAAACCCAAUCGAUCAUUGAUCUCUCGACCCGACUCUCCGCCGAACAGACGAAGAUCACACAUCAGUCAAAAUGGAUGCCUCCAAGCAACCCGUCAAGCUCGUCAAGGUCACCCGCGUCCUCGGCCGUACCGGCUCUCGCGGUGGUGUCACCCAGGUUCGCGUCGAGUUCAUGGACGACCAGACCCGUUCGAUCAUCCGCAACGUGAAGGGACCCGUCCGCGAGAACGACAUCCUCUGCCUCCUCGAAUCCGAGCGCGAAGCCAGACGUCUGAGGUAAAACGGUUUCAGAGAUGGAGCGGUCGGCGUGAGCGAAGCUGUGGGUGGGACGGGCAGCCCGUGGUGGUGAUGGUUGUGGCGGCGGCGGUGGACGAGUUGCAUCAAACAGCAUCCAGCGCGGGCGGACAUGGCACAAAAUUGGGCACAGGUCUUUGGGCGGAUCCUUUCUCUCGCGAUGACGAUGAGCGACGCCGCCGUGCAUUGGGGCCUCGGGUCUUCUUCCUAGAGACGGAGUUCCGAAUUCUACUGGAGUUGCGAAUUUCAACGAAAAAACAAAAAAGCACGAAUCACAACC